GCGGUUUAUAUAACAGGAGUCUCUUUCUUGGGAGGCUGAUUUGGAUACUCGAAAAAACUUGAUCUCUGUGGGGUAAACAAACAUAACACAUUUGCGCGGCAGCCGUUGAUUAGGUGCUUUGCGCUGUCAUUAUAUUGAAAAUUAAAAUUUCUAAAUUUAAACAUCGACGAGGAGCACUCUCUGAAAGCCUCGUGAAACAUGCCAAAUUGUUAAGCAAUUAUUUUCGCGCAAAUGACAACGUGAAGGCAAACAUUUAUACCGCUUUCGGGUGGAAACAUAACAUAUAAACAUGACGUUAUUACUGAAUGUGAUCAAACCAGAAGAAAAGUUAUUCGUGAGCGUAAGAGCGGAAAAAGAAACUGAACGGCUAUGUCACAAGACUUGAACAAAACAAUGAAUGGAACACAGCCAUCGAAGUGCUACUGGAAUCCUACAGCAGAAAAAAUCGGCAUAACCUUUGUUUCCUGCCUGAUUUUUCUUGUUUCGCUGGCUGGGAAUACCGUCAUCGGAAUAAUUGCCUACAAGACGAAAACCAUGAGAAAACCCAUCAACUUUUUAAUCGUAAAUAUGGCCAUGUCCGAUCUGCUCUUUCCGAGUUUUUUGGUUCCUUGGGAUAUUCAACAGCUCUACAUAAACUCCUGGCUGAUCGGUGGUCCUCUUGGCCAGGUCUUAUGUAAGCUGACUUACUACUUACCAUAUGUCUCCAUGGCUGUGUCUGUUCAAAGCCUGGUUCUGAUAGCAGUGGAUCGAUUUGGAGUUGUGGUAUACCCCCUCCGUUCCCCACUCAUUAGUUCAAAGCUGUGUCCGUUCUUCAUUCUCGCCACUUGGAUCGUCUCGUUGGCUUUCCUUUCCCCAUAUCUCUUCGCCCUCAAACUAGUUGAAUACUCAGGAGGGUUGGUGUGUACGCUGCAUUGGAAAGAAGCCUUUGGAGAGUCCUCAUCCUUUGAGAAUUACUUCGUGUCAUGGCUUGUUACAUUCGUAUUUAUCCCGUUGCUCUUGAUAGCCACACUUUACAUUACCACCUAUGUAAAGCUCAAGUCACAGAAGAUUCCAGGUGAACAAUCGGCCAACGCUGGACAACAACGGCAACAAAGGGAAAGCAAUGUGUUAAAGAUGGCCAUUGCUAUUGUGUUAGGGUUUGCAGUAUGCUGGCUGCCCUUUGCUAUACGCUUGCUUCUCUUCCAUUUUGUAUCGGACAUCAUAUCGUCUUGUGGCUUCCAAUACUUCUCCUUUGUUGCCUCUUUUAUGGCUCGUACAAAUUGUGCUAUGAACCCUUGCAUCUGUUUUAUUUUCAGUAGAAAUUAUCGUAAAGGACUUAAGACUCUUUUUAGAUAAAUGGUAGUUGAAAACAUCACAGUAGCUGAUGAUACUUCUUAACAGUCGAGAGGAUCAGUCGACCUGAAACUUGUAAGAAAACAUGAAUUUAAAACUGCUUUGAAUCGCAUUCAAUGUACACUAUAGCUUAAAGAAACUUUGCCGAACGGUUUUAAACGUUUCUUUGAACACUGACUU